AUGAUUUUUGGAGAGAAAAUGAAGGCGACAAAGACUCUACAGCAUUGGCUGUUUGAGAAGAACAAAAUGCUGCAGCCAUCGGCUGAACAGAUUCACGUGGUAGUAGUGGUUCCAAAGCAGAAACAACAGUUGCGAGUUGAUAACUUCCAUGAUUCAGGAUCGCGAUUAGAAAAUCUAAUAGAUGAUAUAGAGUAUUAUCGAAAGAACAAUAUGAUGUCCGCCUCUAGUGGGAAAUUGGGUCAACUCGAGCUUUCAAGACUGCAUAAACGACGACGGAUCAUCGAUUUUGCACCAGUGGCAAGCGCAGAAGCAUUUUGGUCGGAGGAAAUUCAGACUCAAGCCAAUGCCAUCAGCGAUGAGGCUGUAUUUGACGCAUUUAUUACUCCGUUUUUCAGCAACGUGAACUGCGGAAUGGUAUUCGUCAACUGUGAGUUAUCAAUGGCUGUCUCAAUCUUCACUUGUGUCUAA